AUGUCGAUCCUACCUAGAUACAUUCGGCCGAGCCUGCGCAACCACAUCCUCCGCAGGCCGUGGCCUCAUCUACCAUACCGAGCCCUUCACCUCGCCCCUCCAUUCCUGCUGGACGACUACACGCCCCGCUAUCAACUUCUCUCCUCCAGCGAAGUUGCAGAGAAGCGUUCGCUUGCAUACGACCACCUCCGGCGAUGCAAUCUGUGCCCGAGGUCGUGCAAUGUGAACAGGUAUGAAACCACUGGUCACUGUCUCAUAGGGGCCUCCACCGUCAAGAUCAGCACGAUCGCCCCACACUUCGGCGAGGAGCCCUGCUUGCAAGGUCACCGCGGAUCUGGGUCCGUGUUCUUCUCUGGCUGCAAUCUGCGCUGUGUAUUUUGUCAGAACCAUGACAUCGCGCAUCAGAGGAAUGGGUUUGACGUUACACCAGAAGUGCUGGCGGAGUGGAUGAUCAAAUUGCAAGAGGUAGGCGGUGUGCACAAUAUCAAUUUCGUCACGCCUGAGCACGUCGUGCCUCAAGUUGCGCUUGCGAUCAUGGCCGCAAGGGACCUUGGUUUGAAGGUCCCGGUCGUGUACAACACGAGCAGCUACGAUUCGCUGGAGAGCCUGAAGCUGAUGGAUGGUCUGGUCGAUAUCUACCUGCCCGACUUCAAGGUUUGGAAAGAAGCUACAGGCACAAGACUGCUUAAGGCAACAGGUUACAGAGAUGUGGCUAAGGACAGUAUUUUGGAGAUGUACAGGCAGGUGGGCGAUUUAUGCUUCACAGCAGAUGGCAUCGCGCAGAAGGGCGUUCUGGUCAGACAUCUUGUCAUGCCUGGUAAGGAGCAAGAAGGCGUGCAGAUCGUGAAUUGGCUCGCGGAUUCGGUUGGCAAAGAUGUGUUCGUGAACAUCAUGGAGCAGUAUAGGCCUGAUGCGCAUGUUGGCAAGGAGUCGAGGGGAAAGAAGGAUCAUGGAAAGAGAUAUGACGAUAUCAACCGGUCUAUCUCCGAUGAAGAGCUUGGUAUUGUGACGGCGGCGGCAAGAACUGCAGGUCUGUGGCGCUUUGCGAGGCGGCUCACCAUGGAGGCUUCAAUAUUUGAGUGCUUGGUUGAGAUGUGGCCUCAGGACGACCGCGCCCAUCCUCGCGUUGUCAUGAAUGCCUGA